UUUUAAAAAUACUUUGUAUUUAAAGGUCGAUAUAUCAAUAAAGAAUGGCAACUUCGAAGUUGGUAUGUCUUGUUACUGGUGGAGCUUCUGGAUUGGGAAGAGCAACAGCUGCUCGAUUGGCGAAAAGAGGUGCAAGUGUAAUUAUAGCUGACCUACCCUCAAGUGAUGGAGAAGCAGUUUCAAAAGAUAUGGGAAGUAACGUCAUGUUUCAUCCUACCGAUGUGACCAGUGCAGCUGAUGUUCGACUGGGAGUUCAGCUGGGAAAAGAGAGGUUUGGGAAUGUGAACGUACUUGUUAAUUGCGCUGGAAUAGGUCUUGCUAAAAAAACACUAGACAACAAUGGAGAAGCUCACGGGAUUGAAGACUUUGCUCGUGUAAUUCAGGUUAACCUGAUUGGUUCAUUUAAUUCAAUUCGAAUUUUGUCGGAAGAAAUGGCUAAGAACACUCCAACGGACGGUGGUGAGCGUGGUGUUAUCAUCAAUACAGCCAGCGUUGCAGCUUUCGAUGGACAAAGAGGUCAGGCUGCUUACUCUGCAUCAAAAGGUGGAAUCGUCGGCAUGACGCUGCCUAUAGCGAGAGAUUUAGCUAGAUAUGGUAUUAGAGUCAACACUAUUGCACCAGGUUUAUUCAUGACGCCAUUGUUAGCUGGUCUUCCUGAAAAGGUGCAAGUCGCAUUAGCGAAAACUGUUCCGUUUCCACAGAGAUUGGGUGCACCAGAUGAAUAUGCUCAAUUAGUGGAGUCAAUCAUUGACAACCCCAUGCUCAACGCAGAAACAAUCCGCUUGGAUGGAGCCCUGAGAAUGCAACCUUAAAAUGUGAUGCGAUAGUGUUUUUAAUCCAUUUUUUAAAUAGAAUAGAUAGAUAAA